CCCGCCCCCCCCUCCCCGGGUCCCCCGAUGGGGAGAAGCGGCGACGGCGGCAGCAGCAGCAGCGAAGUGAGCGAGCCGGAGCGUGAGCGGCCCUGCGGCGGCCAUGGGCGACCCGGCCCCCGCCCGCAGCCUGGACGACAUCGACCUGUCCGCCCUGCGGGACCCUGCAGGGAUCUUUGAGCUGGUGGAGGUGGUUGGCAAUGGAACCUAUGGACAGGUGUACAAGGGUCGGCAUGUCAAGACUGGGCAGCUGGCUGCCAUCAAGGUCAUGGACGUCACAGAGGACGAGGAGGAAGAGAUCAAGCAGGAAAUCAACAUGUUAAAGAAGUACUCUCACCAUCGUAAUAUUGCCACCUACUACGGGGCCUUCAUCAAGAAAAGCCCUCCCGGGAAUGAUGACCAGCUCUGGCUGGUGAUGGAGUUCUGUGGUGCUGGUUCGGUGACUGACCUGGUAAAGAACACCAAAGGGAACGCGCUGAAGGAGGAUUGCAUUGCCUACAUCUGCAGGGAAAUUCUCAGGGGUCUGGCCCAUCUCCAUGCCCACAAGGUGAUCCACCGAGAUAUCAAGGGGCAGAACGUGCUGCUGACAGAGAAUGCCGAAGUCAAGCUAGUGGAUUUUGGGGUGAGUGCUCAGCUGGACCGCACUGUGGGCAGGCGGAACACUUUCAUUGGGACCCCAUACUGGAUGGCCCCAGAAGUCAUUGCCUGUGAUGAGAACCCUGAUGCCACCUAUGACUACAGGAGUGACAUUUGGUCUCUAGGAAUCACAGCCAUCGAAAUGGCAGAGGGGGCCCCUCCUCUGUGUGACAUGCACCCCAUGCGGGCUCUCUUCCUUAUCCCUCGGAACCCUCCCCCCAGGCUCAAGUCAAAGAAAUGGUCGAAGAAGUUCACCGACUUCAUUGACACGUGUCUCAUCAAGACUUACUUGAGCCGCCCGCCUACUGAACAGUUACUCAAGUUUCCCUUCAUCCGAGACCAGCCCACAGAGCGGCAGGUCCGCAUCCAGCUCAAGGACCACAUUGACCGCUCCCGGAAGAAGCGGGGUGAGAAAGAAGAGACGGAAUAUGAGUACAGUGGCAGUGAAGAGGAGGAAGACAGCCAUGGAGAGGAAGGAGAGCCGAGCUCCAUCAUGAAUGUGCCUGGGGAGUCCACACUCCGCCGAGAAUUCCUUCGACUCCAGCAGGAGAAUAAGAGCAACUCGGAGGCUUUAAAGCAGCAGCAGCAACAGCAGCUGCAGCAGCAACAGCAGCGAGACCCCGAGGCCCACAUCAAACACCUGCUGCACCAGCGGCAGCGGCGCAUAGAAGAGCAGAAGGAGGAGCGGCGGCGCGUGGAGGAGCAACAGCGGCGGGAGCGAGAGCAGCGGAAGCUGCAGGAGAAGGAGCAGCAGCGGCGGCUGGAAGACAUCCAGGCCCUGCGGCGAGAGGAGGAGAGGCGGCAGGCAGAACGGGAGCAGGAAUACAAGCGGAAGCAGCUGGAGGAGCAGCGGCAGUCAGAGCGGCUCCAGAGACAGCUGCAGCAGGAGCAUGCCUACCUCAAGUCCCUGCAGCAGCAGCAGCAGCAGCAACAGCUCCAGAAGCAGCAGCAGCAGCAGCAGCAGCAGCAACAAAUCCUGCCUGGGGACAGGAAGCCCCUGUAUCAUUAUGGCCGGGGCAUUAAUCCUGCCGACAAGCCAGCGUGGGCCCGAGAGGUGGAAGACAGAGCAAGGAUGAAUAAGCAGCAGAACUCUCCCUUGGCCAAGACGAAGCCAAGCAGCAUGGGGCCAGAGCCCCCCAUCUCCCAGGCCUCUCCCAGCCCCCCGGGACCUCUUUCCCAGACUCCUCCUAUGCAGAGGCCUGUGGAACCUCAGGAAGGACCGCACAAGAGCCUGGUGGCACACCGGGUCCCACUGAAGCCAUAUGCAGCACCUGUACCCCGAUCCCAGUCCCUGCAGGACCAGCCCACUCGAAACCUGGCUGCCUUCCCUGCCUCCCAUGACCCUGACCCUGCUGCCGCCCCCACACCCACUGCCACACCCAGUGCCCGAGGAGCUGUCAUCCGCCAGAAUUCAGACCCCACCUCGGAAGGGCCUGGCCCUAGCCCAAACCCCCCCUCCUGGGUCCGGCCUGAUAAUGAGGCUCCACCUAAGGUUCCUCAGAGGACCUCAUCUAUUGCCACUGCCCUUAACACCAGUGGGGCCGGAGGGUCCCGGCCAGCUCAGGCCGUCCGUGCCAGACCUCGCAGCAACUCCGCCUGGCAAAUCUAUCUGCAGAGGCGGGCAGAGCGGGGCACCCCCAAGCCUCCCGGGCCCCCAGCUCCGCCCCCUGGCCCGCCCAACGCCUCUAGUAACCCUGACCUCAGGAGGAGUGACCCUGGCUGGGAGCGCUCAGACAGUGUCCUCCCGGCCUCUCAGGGACACCUCCCUCAGGCUGGCUCACUGGAGCGAAACCGAAACCGUGUGGGAGCCUCCACAAAACUGGACAGCUCCCCAGUGCUCUCCCCUGGGAACAAAGCCAAGCCUGAAGACCACCGUUCAAGGCCAGGCCGGCCCGCAAGCUAUAAGCGAGCCAUUGGUGAGGAUUUUGUGCUGCUCAAAGAGCGGACCCUGGAUGAGGCCCCUAGGCCUCCCAAGAAGGCCAUGGACUAUUCCUCCUCCAGUGAGGAGGUGGAGAGCAGCGAAGAGGAGGAGGAGGAAGGCGAUGGGGAGCCAUCAGAGGGGAGCAGAGACACUCCCGGGGGCCGUGAUGGAGAUACGGACAGCGUCAGCACCAUGGUGGUUCACGAUGUUGAGGAGAUAGCCGGGACCCAGCCCCCAUACGGGGGAGGCACCAUGGUGGUCCAGCGUACUCCUGAAGAGGAGCGGAGCCUGCUGCUGGCCGACAGCAACGGCUACACCAACCUGCCAGAUGUGGUCCAGCCCAGCCACUCACCGACUGAGAACAGCAAAGGUCACAGCCCCCCGACAAAGGACGGAGGCAGCGAUUACCAGUCCCGAGGGUUGGUAAAGGCCCCUGGGAAGAGCUCGUUCACCAUGUUUGUGGAUCUAGGGAUCUACCAGCCUGGAGGCAGUGGAGAUACCAUCCCGAUCACAGCCCUGGUAGGUGGAGAGGGUGGCCGUCUUGAUCAGCUGCAGUUCGAUGUGAGGAAGGGCUCUGUGGUCAACGUCAACCCCACCAACACCCGGGCUCAUAGUGAAACUCCUGAGAUUCGGAAGUACAAGAAGCGAUUCAAUUCAGAGAUCCUCUGUGCAGCCCUCUGGGGCGUCAACCUCUUGGUAGGCACGGAGAACGGGCUGAUGUUGCUGGACCGAAGCGGGCAGGGCAAAGUGUAUGGACUCAUUGGGCGGCGACGCUUCCAGCAGAUGGAUGUACUGGAAGGCCUCAACUUGCUCAUCACCAUCUCAGGGAAAAGGAACAAACUUCGGGUAUAUUACCUGUCCUGGCUUCGGAAUAAGAUCCUGCACAAUGACCCCGAGGUGGAGAAGAAGCAAGGGUGGACCACUGUGGGGGACAUGGAGGGCUGCGGCCACUAUCGUGUUGUGAAAUAUGAGCGUAUUAAGUUCCUGGUCAUCGCCCUGAAGAACUCCGUGGAAGUGUACGCCUGGGCUCCCAAGCCCUACCACAAAUUCAUGGCCUUCAAGUCCUUUGCCGACCUCCCUCACCGCCCUCUGCUGGUGGACCUGACCGUCGAGGAGGGCCAGCGGCUCAAGGUCAUCUAUGGCUCCAGUGCCGGCUUCCAUGCUGUGGAUGUUGACUCUGGGAACAGCUAUGACAUCUACAUCCCUGUACACAUCCAGAGCCAGAUCACGCCCCACGCCAUCAUCUUCCUCCCCAACACCGACGGCAUGGAGAUGCUGCUGUGCUAUGAAGACGAGGGCGUCUAUGUCAACACUUACGGGCGGAUCAUCAAGGACGUGGUUCUGCAGUGGGGAGAGAUGCCCACCUCUGUGGCCUACAUCUGCUCCAACCAGAUCAUGGGCUGGGGUGAGAAAGCCAUUGAGAUCCGCUCGGUGGAGACAGGCCACCUCGAUGGGGUCUUCAUGCACAAACGAGCCCAGAGGCUCAAGUUCCUGUGUGAGCGGAACGAUAAGGUCUUUUUUGCCUCAGUCCGCUCUGGGGGAAGCAGCCAAGUCUACUUUAUGACUCUGAACCGUAACUGCAUCAUGAACUGGUGACCAGGCCCCUGGGCUGGGGCUCCCCGACACGGACCCAGCUCUCCCCACAGCCAGACUACCCAGGCCGCCCUCCCCUAACCCGCCCCGCCUUGGGCUUUUGCUUUUACUGGUUUGAUUCACUGGAGCCUGCUGGGAACGUGACCUCUGAUCCCUGAAGCUUUUGUGAUCACGUGACCAUCCUUUCUCCCAACAUGUUUUCAAAACUGUGCCUGUCCCCAGCUUCUGGGGGAUGGCACAGCUUCCCCUCACCAGGAACCGAGUGGGACUUGCCCCUUUUCUCAAGAGGAGAGUGCUUGGGGCUUGGACCCCCGUACCCCAUUGCUGCUGACUGAGCAGGGCCCUGUACCCCUUUAUUUGCACGCCAGGGGAGCCGGCUCCCCCCUUGAAUGUACCAGACUCUGGGGGGGGUCACUGGGCCCUGGGUUCUGGGGGGGGGGUGUCACCAGCCACUCCAGGGGCAGGGACCAGGUCCUCAUUUUCUGAAAGCACUUUAAUGAUUCCCCUCCCCCCCCAGGCCCCAGGGAAUGGAGGAGGGACCCCACAGCCAAAACAUUCCUCCUUUCCCACCCUCCCCCGCCUCUCCCCUUCCUCGAGGGAGAGAGCUCAGAGCUCCCCUUCUACCCCUUGCUUGCAUCUGUAUAUAGUGUGAGCAGCAAGUAGCCCUUCUCCGUCCCGUAUCCUUUCUCUAUGUAGUGGCCUUGGAUAUCCCGUUUGUUAAUAAAGACAAUUCAACCAGCUCCCGCCA